UGAAAUUCAAGGUCUUAAUAUGAGCAGUCCAUGUAUAAAGAAUAGUCAAAACAGAGAGAGUGAUUUAGACAGAAGAAUAAGAGAAAAGGAAGAAAACAAGAGAUAUGUUCUAUCAAAAAAUGAAGAAUCUAUUAAAGAACGGGAAAAAUUGGGAUUUCCACCAAAGUAUCCAACAUUGAUGACAUUAGAAGAUUCCACAAAUAUAUCCAAUCUUGCGUCAGCGUCUUCACUCAACCGAUUUGAAGAAAUAAGGGGCAUGGACAGACAGAAGCCUCAAAAUAUGUCUCCGGGGGUAGUUUGUAAUGCUUAUGCAAAAAUGUUUUAUUAUAAGGACAUUAGUGCAUUUAGAGAAGGUUCAAACAUGGCACCUCCGGAGACCUUGAAUAAACCAUUACCAAUGCAUGAUAAAUUCAUUAGUGACCAAGUAGUUCGAGGAAGGUUUGCCGCAAGCCUAAAAAGUGAAAACUAUCAGUCCAAACAGCCAUUAAGGACUUCAAUAUUUCCACAACUUGAUGUGUUAAAUACCAGACGUUUAACUGCAGAUGACAAAAAUGCACAAAAUUACCUGUAUACAUCAAGUUAUCAAGCAGCAUAUGGAAACCGAUCGAGUUUUUAUGGAAAUGCGUGCCGACGUUUAUACCCGAUAAAAAGUUUCGAGGCUGUUGCAGACCCAAUUAGAGGUCUUAUGGAUAGUGAUUCAUAUUACCCUGCUACCAAGUCAUGGAUACCGGAACUAUUCAAUCCAGUUCAAUAUGAUCAAAAACAAGCAAGAUAUCUUCAUAUAAAAGAAGACAGACCAUAUGAAUUUUGUUCUUAUAAUUCACGAAUUAAUCAAAUUCCUGGUUACAGUGGAUCGUUUUGUACGGGCGAAAAACGUAUCGAUUUAGAUAACCCGUACCAUAAAUACAAAUCAUUGAAUUUAGUCCGUCAAGAUAUUCCUCAUGAAUAUGUAUUUGAUCUCAAUUUAAAUAUGCCAGGAUAUAGUGGUUAUCAAAGGAAGGAAAUGAGAAACCAUGAUUCAACAUCAACAGUAUCAGUCUGUUGAAAAAAGAUAUUUAUCAAGAAAUUUUGUUUAAAUAAGUAUAAAUGUACAAAACUCAUAAUUUACAAAAGAUAAAUGUUAUAAUAAUUUAAACAAUUUGUUAAUUUUAUUUAACUACUAUGCAACCUUCUAUAUAGAAACUUCUAACUUUUGUAUUUAUUAUAAAAAGCACUUUUUAGAAUAAUAGGAAAUUACUCAACA